CGCGAUGUAGGUCAAUGAGAGACGCGUCGGCGACUCUCCACGUAUAAAUAAGGCAAGGCGCCGAUGUGACCCAGCACUCACACUUGCAGAUUACUCUCUAUCUACACCUCCUGAGAAGUACUAUCACUGGUACAAUGAAGGUUCUGGCUCUUGUUCUGCUGGCUUGUAUUGCUGGUACGUACGCCUCCCACAACUACGGUCCGAGAGCAUACAGCUACGGCCACGGACUCGGCCGCGGCUAUGGAGGAUACGGCUACGGCACCGGCCUAGGCAACGGCUAUGGGGGAUACGGCCAAGGCCUGGGCAACGGCUAUGGAGGAUACGGUCACGGCUACGGCCACGGCCUGGGCAACGGCUAUGGAGGAUACGGUCACGGCUAUGGAGGAUACGGUCGCGGCUAUGGAGGAUACGGUAACGGCUAUGGAGGAUACGGCAACGGGCUAGGAUACGGGCACGGUUUCGGCUACGGACGCGGCCUGCGCCACGGCUUCCGCGGCUGUGCGGGAGGCAGAUGCGCCGGCUACGCUCUCAGACCAAGCUACUACGGCGUCAACGUCGGCGCUGCGCACGCCGUCGGCGGCCGAUACACGGCCGGCGGCCCCAACAUCGGCCUCAACAACGCCUUCGAGGGAAGCGACGAGUUCGUCGGAGUCGGCAACUUCAACUUCCAGGGAGCCAAAGCCAAGGCUGCAAGCCACGCCCCAGCGGGAGCUGCCCCGGCCACCGCUCCGGCCGUGAUUGGACGCCAGUGGGGAGCUGGAUCCGCCCGCCAAUGGCAGGCCGCCUCUGCCGACCGCGCUGCCUCUGGUAGCGGCGUCGCCGCCUCUGCCCGCCAGGCUAGCCGCACUGCCCAGCAGGAGGCCCAGGCCAGCUUCACCCAGAACGCCGUCAGCCAGGGAGCCGGAUCUGCCGGAGCCGCCUACGCCUUCGCCAGGAACAUCCCGUACAACGGCAUCCAGGCCGUCGGCGUCGCCCCCGCCAACCCACAGGUCGGACCGGCCGACGUCGCCGUCCCUGCUGAUGACGUCGUUGCCUCUAGAUACGCGCCCGCGGUCGGCUACGGCGUUCGCCGAUACGGCUACGGCGGCCCUGGCUAUGGCGGCCCUGGCAAUGGCGGCCGUGGCGAUGACGCCGCUGACGAUGACGCCGCUGACGAUGAUGAAGGGUACGGGGGUGAUGAUGCCGAGUAGGAAGCCAGAACAAGAAGUCCAGUCGACCCCACUAUCCGCCGCCGAAACAUCCAUCAGCACAACACGGGGAACGGAAAACGAACGAAGACCGAUCUCUCU